AUGCUUAUGUUCCGCAGAACUUUCGUCUCCUCCGCUAGACAGUGCGAGGAUUACACGCUCAAAAAUGCCAUGAAAUCCAUCAAAGACCAACACACAGAUCUCGAAAGCAGAAGACAGGCAGUUAUCAACCCUGCACUGAUUAACGGCUUCGAAAACCAAAAAACCUACGACCCUUUCGAUUUCUCGGUGGCCAGGCUGAGAUACGCUGCUAAACAGGAAAAAGACAACAGGAGGAAGAGACUAGCGCAGUCCGCAUUCAAUACAAAAGAAGUCAGCCCGCUGGACUUUUACUGUUUCCCAAAAGUCCUUUCUCAGUAUUUGUCAGUCACAGGUAACAUCCACCACCGUUCUGUCACCCAGCUGCACCACAAGAAGCAGCAACAAAUGACCAGAGCGGUUAAAAGAGCCAUACAGGCUGGAUUUUUAAGUCCUAUGUCUCGUGACGUCGCGUUCAGCCCGAAGAGAGGUGAUACGCUUUAAGUUAGAAACUCCAUGUACAUAAACUAAGGUAUUUGUUUAGCAUCGACUCCGACCCACUUUAGGUAGACAGUUGUCCCCUGGCCGUAAACGGACUUGAGCUCGAUAUCGCCGUUGAACAGUCUGUUGUAAGUGAGACUCAGCGGCAGACCGUAGCCCAUGCCAGCUAUGAUAUUGGCCUGAUUUGCGCCCGUGUUGUUGAGUGUCUUGUAAGAAUCCUCUUCUACAAGCUCAGAAUCAAAAGUCGUGAACGAAUAGUCAAAUAGCUUGUCCAGAACUUCGGGCUUUAUUCCUAGACCAUGGUCGACGAUGCGCAUUUCUAGCUUGUAAAAUUGUGGGCCUGGCUUCUCAACAUUGGGUUUGUUCACGACUAUAAGCACAUCCACUGGCUUUUUUACGUUGUUUUCUAUGUGGGCCCGCGUCGAGUUCUUGAAGAUUUCGUUCAACACAUACUCAAUGUGACUGGAAAUGUAUGGAAAUUUGAGCGGCUCUAGUCCGUCUGGCGACUCAAAGUUCUCCACAACCUGCUCUGUAGUGGUAUCGUCGCCGUUAAUUGUCACCGUUUUCAGGUUCAUCCGGAUCUUCUCGUCAUACUUCAGGGCAGCCAUGUCGUUGACAAACACAAACGAACGGUGCAGAACCUCAAGAACGUUCAUGUUCGGCUCGAUCAUACCAAUUUGGUCCAACCUUUCCAGCUCUUCCCCUUUGUAAUUCAGCUGCUCGGUGAGCUGGAUGUGAUGGUUGGCCAGCAAGCGCAUCAGAAUCCGCUCCUUUAGAUGGUCGUUCAGAAACGUCUUUUCAUCAACAAGGUUCAAUCCAGAUAUCUCCUCAAACCCCUCGCUCAAUGUCGAUAGGUUAUCGGUGUGCAUGUCGAUGGUUUUUUUCAGCAUUUGGAGAAAGAGAUCAUUUUGAUCCAAAUUUUGGAUGUUGAAAGUGAACUCUUCGGUUAGCUCACUUGCCGGGUCGCACUCUGCCACAAAUUCCAAGAUCACCUUCAAGGUAUCCAAAUAUGCGUUGUAAAUGUCAGCGAUUUUGGCGUUCAGGACCACAAUGUAGGGCAAUUUCAUAAAUUGUAUGAGUCGCCGAGUCACUAGGACCACCAUAUCGUUCAACGUCUCGUUCGCAUUCUCCAACAGCAUCAGCGACUUGUCCCUGUGCGAGGCUGCAGAGUUAAAUUUGAGGAGGUCGUUAAGCGCCACAGUCGGCACUGGCCUAGCUGCCUGUUUCUGAAUGAACCUCUCCAAUCCCGAGCGCAACACAUGCUGUUUUUGCAAGGUCUUAUUGGGCGGCAUGUUUGUUGGGUAUUGUGACUGGUAUCGCACAAAUAAUAGUCUUCUUGAUACUGGUGAGCACCUGAGACUUCGCAAAGCAAAGGACAUGACGCUCAAUGUUC